AUGUCUCACAUCAAAUCCAAGCAAGAAGUUGAUACCUCCAAGCUCGAUGAUGACGUUGCAGAAUUCCACGUCGAGCAAGCUAUGAAAGCAUCUGAAGUCAAAGUCCAAGCAGGCCAGCUUUCUUCGGGAUACGAGUCCCUGGGCUUGUGGCAAACCGUCAAGGUCUUCAAAGUUGCUACGGCGUAUUGUUUUGCAGCUGCUUUCAGCGCUGCUACCGAUGGAUACCAGAUUGGUAUCAACGGCAGUAUCAUCGCCAACAAGGGCUUCGUCCAUCAGUUUGCGACUGCGACCAACGCCGACGGAGACGAAUACCUCACUGCUCCUACCCUCGCUGGCUGGAGUUCCAUCAUGUCUGUCGGUCAAAUCAUCGGCAUGUUGACGAUUCCCUUCCUGUCCGAUAGAUAUGGCCGCAAGAUUGCUAUGUGGACAUAUUGGACUAUCCUUGUCAGCAGUGUCCUAUGCGAGACUCUAGCCAGGACCUGGCCUGUUUGGCUCGCAGCUAAGCUUCUCGCGGGUGUCGGAGUUGGCUGUCUUCAAUCGACUCUGCCAGUGUAUAUCUCAGAGUGUGCGCCUACCCGCAUCCGCGGAGGCCUUCUCAUGUGCUACAGUCUCUGGUGGACCAUCGGAUCCUUCUUCGCCUAUAUCGCCUUGCAGCUUCUGAACCGAAAGAACCCCAACAUUUGGCUUACACCAAUUUAUACCCAAUGGGCUCAGAUUGGUAUCAUGUGUCUCAUUUACGUCUUCCUCCCAGAGUCACCUGCCUGGUGCGUCAGUCGCGGUAACGCAGAUCGUGCUAAGAAGCAGCUGCUGAGGCUCAACCGCGGCGUUGUCGACUAUGACGAAGAGCGUCAGUACCAGAUAAUCGUCCAGACCUUUGAGCAUGAGAGGGAAGUCGCAGCCCAGCAGAAGAAGGAGCAUUGGUAUGCCAUCUUUCGCGGAAUCGAUGGUCUUCGAACUGUCAUCUCGCUGUGGCCGAAUCUCACCCAGCAAUUCAUUGGUCUAACACUUUUUGCGACUUUCGGAACCUACUUCUUCCAGCAAGCCGGUCUGGCUGACCCUUUUACUAUCAAAUGCAUCACGUCUUCUAUCAAUAUUACAACGCUGUUGAUCGUUGUUUUGGUGGCCGAUAAGAUUGGACGACGUCGUAUCUCAUGCUACGCCACGACGCUUUCGUGGACAUCCUGUGUAGUCAUCGGAAUCCUUGGUCUGAUCCCUAGGACAACGGCGACUUCGAACAUCUUUGUGCUGUUCGUAUGCCUCUGGAAUGUUGGAAUGAUCUCCAACGGUGCUGCUGGUUGGGGCUUCAUAGCUGAAAUCUCUUCCCUGCGUCUUCGCCCACAUACCGCUGGCUUUGGAGCUGCCUGCACUUGUGUUGCUGGAGUUAUCAUGAACGUACUCACCCCAUAUAUGGUCAACGCCAACAAGUGGAACUGGGGUUUCAAGACUGGCUGGUUCUACGCUGGUGUCGGGCUGCCUUUCCUCAUUGGUACAUGGCUUCUACUACCGGAUACAUCAGGUCGCACUGCGGCUGAGGUCGAUGAACUUUUCGAGAGGAAGAUCAAGCCUUGGAGGUUCAGCAAGACUAAAACCACGGCAACUUAA